UGCUUCCAACUAGGCAACUAUGUAUAUAUAUACAGCGUUCUGCUCCAUGCUAAUUUUGUUUCCUAAAAGACAAAACGCUUAUGUUUUCUCAUUGGGUACAGUUUCGUUCUAUUGCAGAUCUAAAAGAAUAUGAAAUGCACUCGUCCAGGCUCAUCAAAUCAUCCACUCAAGAGAAACUCCAGGUUUCUUCGAUCGCUUCAGAAGCAGGUUUUGCUUCUUUCAAAGGUAUCACGCUCGAAUUCAAAGAGACCUUUAACCCGUACCAAGCGAGAAUCAGCAAGCAAAAUACGAUAAAGGAAAAUGUGUCAACCAGAAUCAGUUGUGCGCACAUGCAAACAAAUGACCACAACAUGACCAAAACCUUGGGCUUGGAAUUAUUUUUUUUACUUUAUCAUCGACCAUGAUCUUUCUUACUACAUGGAUUAAAUCGUUCUCCAGUCCGCACGUGUAAAAAAAAAGAGAUCCAAGACAAACAGGUAUUGACAA